GGACCCUCCCUGUCCCCUCUCUGUCACCUCACAGUAGUCGUUGCCGGUAGCGGGUGCGGGGGCGCGAGCAGCGCAGGGCGGCCUCUCCCCCGCCCCUCAGGCCGGGCCCGGGCUCGGUCCCCCCACUCCCUCCUCUCCCCACUCCCGUCGGGUACGGGAAGGUCCAAGCCGCUGCCGGGUGCCCAAGGGCCGUAGUGGCCGCCGCCGCCACGGGUCCCAAUGGAGCCGCCGAAUCUCUAUCCGGUGAAGCUCUACGUGUACGACCUGUCCAAGGGCCUGGCCCGGCGGCUCAGCCCCAUCAUGCUAGGGAAACAACUGGAAGGCAUCUGGCACACCUCCAUAGUUGUACACAAGGAUGAGUUCUUCUUUGGCAGUGGCGGUAUCUCCAGCUGUCCCCCGGGAGGGACAUUGCUUGGGCCCCCAGACUCUGUGGUCGAUGUGGGGAGCACAGAAGUCACAGAAGAAAUCUUCCUGGAGUACCUGUCCUCCCUGGGGGAGUCUUUGUUCCGAGGUGAGGCCUACAAUCUCUUUGAACACAACUGCAACACCUUCAGUAAUGAAGUGGCACAGUUCCUGACUGGCCGGAAGAUCCCUUCUUACAUCACUGACCUGCCCUCUGAGGUUCUCUCCACGCCCUUCGGACAGGCACUUCGGCCCCUCCUGGACUCCAUUCAGAUCCAGCCACCAGGAGGGAGCACCGUGGGCAGACCCAAUGGCCAGAGCUAACAGGACUGCAUGGGACCGCCCUGCCUCACCAGGGCUUUUCCUUUUUAAACAAAACAAACCCUACCAGAUUUCUAUUUUAUAAUUUUACAUCAGAGCUAACAACCAGGGGACGGCUUUUUAAAUUUCCCAGGGAAGGAGAUCAUCAGGCUGCAUGUAGGACAAUUGCUGCUAAGAAACAGAACAAAAUCCCACCCCUUCUAAUAGUAUUAUACUAAUUUAUUAAGGCUGUCUUGUCUGUGAGUUCACUUUUGACGCUGUUUCCUAAGCGUCUUCCACACUGGAGAAAGGGAGGGGGUUUGUUUAAGCAGAAAAUAAGAGGCACAGUUUGGGGGAACCCAGAACCUCUAUACAGAGAAUACCCACACUCUCCCCAAAUUGCCACCCCCUGUGGGACCCAGGUGAGUUUUAUAACACUCAUGACUCUCUAGUGUUAAAGGAACCAAAGGCUUUGGUGUACAUGGGACCAGUUUCAGAAUGACUAAGCUAACCUCAGUGAACUCUUCAGCCACAGCCACCCUCACCUUCCCUCCCCUGCCCCAGGCAAGGCCAGGGCUGGAGCAGCCAGAGCUUCAGGAGUGUGACAGCAAGUAUCCGGCCAGAGAAAACAGGAUAAAGCCAUUCCUUCUUCCACCUACAUGGAUUGCCAAUCCUUUGGGAAACCUGCCUUGCUGCCCAUGAAGCUGUCUUCCUCAGCACAGCUGAUGUGUUCUAAGUGAUGAGGCCUGGGCUGGAGUAGCAGAGACCAGGCCUCCUGUCUGCAAGUAAUGAUGUAGGUCACUUGUAGUCUCUGUAACCACCAUCCAGGCCAAUCUGUGGUAUUCAGUUAGGGACCAAGGGACAUGAUUCCCUGCUAUAGGAAAAUAUUCCUGAUAUAGAAAGAAUGAUGGAGAAUCAAAGUGACUAGAAAAUUUAGAAUUGCUUCUGAUAAGGACUCUUUUGUUAUCCUAAAUGUGUUUAGAAGGUACACAUUAUUUUUGUUGUCAUUCUGACUUUAAGAAAGCCUGAGGCAUGGGUGGGCAUUUUGUAAUGACUUGCUGCUAGGAGUUAAUGGGCAGGGAACAGUCUGGAAGUCUCUGAUCUGGAGAGGCUUUCAGAUCCCCUUUCUUCUUAUGAGUAUCCCGUUAGUUUGUGGGGAAUUGGAGAAAGGCCUGAGUGCCAGCUCUGGCAUCUAUGGGUCCUCAUGCCGUAGCUCCUGCCACUGCUCAGACUUGAAUUAUGUUGUUGGGGGUCUGGCCUGCAGCAGGGGGCUUUCUUCUCUAAAAAGCUGCUGCUCAUUUCUGGCCCCUUCCUCUGCUAUCUUUGCCAGUAGCCAUAGCAGUGGCAUCAUUAGGGUCUCAGCUAGAGAAAACGAUGUCCUUCUGCCUUUGUGUUUGCUUGAGACCUGACUAGGGGCAUGUCCAGCUGGGAUGUCAAGUGACAUUUUAGAACAUUAAGGCUGGAGCCCAAACAAGUGAACGGUUUAAUUCUUCUCAAGACCCACUGAUUUGUCAGUGUGCAUGGAAGUAACAAAGCAGAAACUACCAGGAACUAUUGAGUAUUGGUGAUAUGCUGACAGAACUGGACCCAAGGAGAAUGGAUUUCAGAGGCUGAGUUUCUUUUAAGAGGGGUAGCAGGUUGGUCUAGGCCAGCAUUCUGCUUCUCGCUGGUGUUCUUCUCCAGCUGCCUGGCCCAGCCCUCCCUCUCUUCCUGGCCCCUGCUGCAGACCUCUCUGCCUGGCACUCUCAUCCCCAUCCUUUUAUUCUGUCUCCUCUCCCAGAUCCACACUCAGCUGGUUUUCCUCCUCCCAGAGUCCUCAGGGCUAUGCUAAAAAGUUGUCCUAAGCAGCUCCCCUGAGAGAAUUUGAGUCACUUGGUUCCUGGAUCAGCCCCCUUAAUGUCCAGCAGCCAUUUGUGCCAAUGCCUAUGCCCUACAGUUUGUGGGGACAGAUGGAGGGAUCAGCCAGCAGCCUUCCCAGAGCUCUGCAGGAAGGCAAGCUCUCCCUCCCUCAUGCAAGCCCCACUAUCACUAACUGUGGAAGCCCAGGCUCAGGCUAGGACCGCCCCCCCCCAGCCCCAUCCUCACAUUUCUCUGUCUGUCCCAGAACCUCAGGAGCAUGCCCAUUGUGACCAGCUAACUCCGCCUGGAUGUGUUCAGGCAAGCAGGAUGGGAAGUGAGUCGUGUUCUUGUAUCGUACAGUGGACACCUCCAUAGAGGUCCAUUGGUUUAAAGGGACAGAGAAGGAGGAAGGAUGAAACCAUCACCCCCUUCCAGAAUUAAAUCUUGUACUUUUGAGAUUCCUUUAUAUCCAUGAGUCAAACUAAUAACUGUCUAGUACGGAGGUGUUUGCUGGUUUUCUUUGAUGUUUUUUCUAAUGCAAUAAACUCAUUGCUGCCUGCUCUA